GGCUAUAACGCAGGCCUUCAGAAGAAGCAAAACAGAAAUCAAGGUUUCACAUGUUGUCGUGUGUAUGCUUUGCCAACAUUUAAAACAAAAAUAUAGAACUACUAAUAUUUAUGAUGACCAAUUUUGUUGUUUUACUCGAGAGUUACUGCAAAAAAAAACAAUUCGGAGAUCCAUUUUAUUCAACACCGAUUCCCAAUCCUAAAAAUUCUAUACAAGAUUGUCAUUGUACUGUUCUCGUUGAUUUGUAUGGUUAUAAACAAUUUUUAGAUGAGGUCGGCCAUGGCAAGAGUGAAAAUUUAACACGACAAGAUGCAGCAAAAAUUAUGCUGGAAAAACUUAAUAAAUUCUCUGAAUUUUCACAGGAAAACGCCAUUGAUAACAUUAAAAAAAUUUCAGAUAGUUAUUAUGACGACUAUGAUAAUAGUGAGUAUGAGAAUAAAAAAUCUCCAAAAAAUUUAUUUGAUACUUCAUACAAAGAUAUAUAUGGCACAAAAAAACAUGAAGCUGACAAUCAGUUAGAAAGAAUGCAAAAACUUCAAGGUGAUGAUAUUGAUAUUAUUAGCAAAAGUGAUACUAAUUGGGAGGUAAUGGAACAGUUGCCAUGUGACAUUGACUUGACAUUCCAGUCAUUAAAUUUACAACCCAAAUUAUCUGAUUCACGUGAAACGUGUAAUAAUCAACUGAACGUUGAAUCAUCAAAAACAAAUAAACCAGUUGUAAAUGAAAAAUUAAAUGAUUCUUCAAUGAUCAAAGAUGAUGCUCAAUUGGUUAAAAAAAUAAGAUAUCCAGACGUUAAUAAUUUUAAUAAGAAUAGUUCAAAUAUCUGCUUAGACCAAGGUGAACGUUUGUCAAUUUACCAUGAUGAAAUGAACUCAUUUUUCGGGCAUGAUAAAAAACGACAAAUUCAGCAAGAAAUAAGUAAACUUAAUGUUGAUCUUCAAUUGAAAGAUUUGGCAACGAUAGGUAAACUUGAUAAUGAUUAUAGUUAUUCAUCAAAAGCCAUUGAGUAUUAUGUGAACAAAUUGGAUGAAAUCAUGCUGCAAGUUAAUGUUGGUGUAGAAACAGUUGUUUUUAUUGUCCAUGAUGGAAGAUUUAUCAGGACAAUACGUGUUACUACAAUACCAGAAAUUGUUGAAGUAGAAAUUGGAUGUAAGCUUGAUGGUUUGGGUCUCAAGGCUUUGUUUGAUGUCAUUGAUAAAUUGAGAAAAUUGAUGUCCUAAUUAUUGUUUUGAAAAUUGUAUUUUCUUUGUCUAUGAGAAAAAAAAAUGAUACAUAUCUACACUUCCUAAUUGAGUAUUUAUUUAGCCAAAUUCUAUCUUAAGAAUUUAUGUACAAACUAAUUUAAUACAAUUAAAUAUAAUUUUUUUUUUUUUAAGUUAAGGAAGUAAUAUGUCAAUUGAGUAAAAUAGUAAUUUGACUGAAUUAAUUAUAAAUAAACAUAAAGAAUAAUAAUUUAAUAAGUACCAGGUCUGUGUCUGAAUAAUUUCUUUCUUUCAGCUACGUGAACCAAUAGAAUAUUAAAACUGAUUUACUUAUGAUUUGUCUGAGGUAAUAAUUCUUUGAACAGAAAAAGAGAAUAUUUGAAAAACAACAAAAAAAAAAAAAACUGAAGUGAAUUGAAAUCUGCCCACACGUAGCGCUAAGUGCAUUGAGUGUUAGGCACGCACAAAUAUGGUAAGGCUGAUAUACAGUAACCCAAGUUAGAGUACCUACUUUGAUUACUAAAAAAAUAGUUAAGGGCCCUACAUCUUUUCCUUAGCUACAUUUAAGAUUUUAUACUCAAACAAAUGUGAAACUGUCCAACAGAUUAAACAAGUUACAAGAUUUAUCAAAGCUGUAUUUGAUUGAAAUAUACUCAUCUAGUCUAACUAAUAAUUU